AUGCGGGAGUUGUCAUCGGGAGAGGACAACACGAGUGAGCCGUGAUGGAGGUCCAGCGGAGCAUCCUCCUCGCUCUCCAGGAGAAUGGUGUCCUCAGGUCGCAGGAGCUGGCGCUGGCUCACAACCACUCUCACCAGAAGGUGGUGGGCGCCAUCAAGUCCUUACAGUCACUUGGAAACGUUAUAGAUGUAAAACAAAUGGUUCUUAAGACAUGGGAGUGCACUGAUGAAGGUGCCAGCUUGGCCACCAACGGCUCUCAUGAGGCACAGUUGUUCAACUCCUUGCCACCAGAGGGACGCUCUCUGGGGGAUAUUAAAGCCAGUUUCCCAAAUUCAAAUUUUGCUCUUGGAGCAGCCAUGAAAAAUAAGUGGUUAAGAAAAGAAGGAGAGAGAGUAAUCCCUGCUGUGGCCUCCAUUGAUGAUGUAGUACAAACCCAUCUAAAAGCGAUUGCUUCUGGAGCUGAAAAUAGUGUACCAGAUAAGAUCAAAGCUGAUUAUAAGAAGAGGAAACUGAUUAAAGAAGUUGACAUGACUGUAUUUGAAGUUAGCAAAGGCAGUGAGUUCACUACCUCAGUUGUGAAGCAAGAGGCAGAGUUAACUAAAGAAAUGAUUGAGAGUGGUCAAUGGAAGAACAAGACCUUCAAACCUUUCAACUUCAAAUCAAAGGGAAGGAUUGAACAGCGGUCCGGCUAUCUCCACCCAUUAAUGCAGCUAAGAUCAGAAUUUCGCCAGAUCUUCUUAGAAAUGGGUUUCUCCGAAAUGCCCACCAACAAUUUUGUCGAAAGUGCUUUCUGGAAUUUUGAUGCUCUUUUUCAACCUCAGCAACAUCCAGCACGAGAUGCACACGACACCUUCUAUGUGGCCGAGCCAGGAAAGACAAGUGGUGUACCUGAAGAAUAUCUGCAAAAGGUGAAGAAAACGCACACAAGCGGUGGAUAUGGCUCCGUUGGAUACCAAUAUGAUUGGAGCAGGGACGAGGCUUACAAAAAUCUUCUGCGUACUCAUACCACAGCUGUUAGUGCACGCAUGCUGUAUAAACUGGCUCAGGAAGGAUUCAGACCAGUCAAGUUUUUCUCCAUAGACAAAGUAUUUCGAAAUGAAACAUUAGAUGCAACACACCUUGCUGAAUUCAACCAGAUUGAGGGUGUGGUGGCUGACUAUAAUCUGAGCAUUAAAAACCUUAUGGGAUUAAUAAAGGGUUUCUUUGAAAAGAUCGGCAUAACCAAGCUGCGCUUCAAACCUGCAUAUAACCCAUAUACUGAACCAUCUAUGGAAAUUUUCAGUUACCAUGAAGGUUUGAAGAAAUGGGUUGAAGUUGGCAACUCUGGCAUGUUUCGUCCCGAGAUGUUGCGACCAAUGGGGAUCCCAGAAAAUGUCACUGUUGCUGCCUGGGGCCUGUCAUUAGAGAGGCCAGCAAUGAUAAUGUAUGGGAUCAACAAUAUCCGAGAACUGGUUGGCCCUCGGGUGAAAAUGGAGCUGAUCCUCGACAAUCCUGUCUGCACCAUUGACAAGUUCAGAAAACGAGAAGAGCCAGACAAGAGCGGAGCUCCAACAGUACAGUCCCUAACCAAGCGGCAGGAGCUAAUUUUAGAUAGGUUGUUAGCCCUGCAAGCAAAGGUUGCCAACAUUGCUGCUAAAAUGGGUGUCAAUCUGGAGGAGUCUGACACUGCUGUCACCACUCAGUUGACUGGUGGGCCAAAACUGGGAGUAGUGCAUGAUGUGGUUAUUUAUGCUGACCCUCGGCGGCCGCCAUACAGCAUCCGAGCUUUGGCUAAUGCACUCUCCACAACCUACUCUAUUUGUUUACAGGUCCACUGUCACUCCACGGUCAAGGAAGUGUCAGAGAAACUUCAACAGUUUUGGGGAGUGAAACGUGGAGUAGAACGCACCGACAGCGAUGUGUGCCUAACUCUAGUGUGGAGACAAGAUGGUGACUCUCCCACAGCCCUUAUGCCGACACUAACAGUGUCUCCAUUGGCAGCUAACAAGAUUUGCGGCGAGCACAACAUUGGGCGAUACUUAUCUAGGCUGGUGGAAGCGGCUGCCUGCCCCAUAAACCUGUACGAGUGCUUAUCCAACUCUGUCUUCACUGCCCAAGUAGAUGAACUUCUUGAUAAGUGUCAUUCAAAAUUUACUCUAGGGAAUAAUAAAGAACGAGCUAGUUAUGUGAAUGAACUCGAUGCCAGGUUGAGUAAAGAGUCGUAUCUUGCUACAUCGAACAUAACUUUGGCCGAUUUUAUUGUUCUCUCCAAUCUUCUACAAUUACGCAUGUUAGAAUCGGCACCACCUAAUGUACAAAAGUGGAGUAAGGGCUGUCUAGCACACCAACUUUGUAAAAACUUUAUUUAAUAGUUAUAUAAUUCAUUAUAAUUAUUUACCAGACUUAAUAAAAAUUUAACUUAAAAAUAUCUAGAAUUAUAUAAAUAAUUAGAUAACGAGUACAGUAUCAAAUGGCAUCAACUUAAUUUUCAUUUUGAUUAAAACUCAAACUGUCGUGAGAAUAUGUAGCUAUGUAUGCAUUAUUAGUACUUAUAUUUAUUAAGAUGGUACAAGCUGGAUAAAGAUAAUUAGCAUGAAUGUGUGAACUCAACACCUAAAAAUUAGUACCUGGACAUAAUCUGAGAAAUCUUAAGGGAUUCCACUUAGGUAAGGAGUGGAAUAAAUGUGAACUGCAAAAUAGUUCAUUAUACAAUACUCAUUACGUUUUUUUUUUUUUUAGAAAAAUUAAGAAAGCAUGUGUGUGUGCCAAAGGUAUAAAGCACAACAAAUUGUAUACCGAGGAAUUUGAUGUGGUUUAUGUAUAACCAAUGGUGUUACUAGAAAAUCACCCCCAUAUGUUGUAGCUUUCGUAGUUACUCCAUGUUUAUAAGCUAAUUAGGCAUUCAUAUAUUUAACACUAAAAACUUGUAGAUCAGAAUUAAAUGUUGGAUUCAUGGACAUUUCAACCCUAAAUAUAACCUAAAUAACUUUAAAAACUCCAAAUGUGACAUAAUGAAUGUAAGGUAAAAAAAUUAAAUGUGCAUAAGUACCAUUUUCACAUUAGUAAACUCUGCAUUUCUUUAAUUUUCUUCGUAAAUGAAAUGGCUUGGAUAGCUUUAUGCAAAGGAGAUGUUGAUGUUGCAAAUGAGAAACAUAAGUGUAAGACAGUCACCCAACAUGUGACAAUAGUGGACUGUAUACUGGUAUUUUUAAUCUAAUAAGGAAAGUUACCUGUUUUUUUUUUUGAACCUUGGACAUUGUGUGUAAAAUAGUUAGACCUGUCUGGAAGCAGGUAAAUGACCAAUCGUUUUAACAUCGAUGUGCGUGUAAAAACAAAAUGGCUGUGACACGAUAACAGUUGGGUAGGAACAAAUUUCCUAGUCAUUCUGUUUGAUUUUAUUUUAUAAUUACAGUACUAGUUUUAAUUAUCUAAAAUUCAUUCAGUGGUUAGCUAAAAUAUUUGUGCUAAUUUGUUGCUUUUAUGUUGUGCAUGAUGCAAUAUAACUGGAGGCUGUUAUACUGUAUUGUGUACCAAUGCUACAUGUACUGUUAUAUCAUGUAGAUAUUUAAAAACUUGCCUAAAUCCUAAUACAAGAAUAGGUUAGAAAAGCUUUGUUCAUCGAGAAAUAAAAGAAUUAAGAUUACACGGAAUUUCAUGGACAGUUAAGUUUUCAUCAGUUCUUGAAGACUGAUAAAUGUAUGGUUCAUUGGUUACCAGAUUGGCAAAUUAUUCUCCUGUGACUUCAUGGUAUUUCCACUUAUAAGUGUUUGCAUUAACAUUGUGUUACUUGAACAUGUACUGAAAAAUAUUUGGCUAUAGGUAUCCAUUUGUAGGAGACACAAUAUGACCGGGAAAAUUCUGUAAGACAUUAAAAUUGUACUUUUCAA